CUUCCUUCUUUACCACAAGACCCCCAAACCCACCCUCCAAAAUGUACAAGCUGGUCGUAUUCACCGCCCUCCUGGCCGUCGCUGCUGCCGCCCCUGGCCUGAUUGGUGGUAUCGCCGCCCCCUACGGCUACGGUGGCUACGGAGCCCCCCUUGCCGCCCCCUGGGGCGUCGGUCACGGUCUCGUUGGCGCCCCCUUAGUUAGCGCCCCCGUCGUCAAAGCCGCCGUACCUGUCGCCACCUCGUAUGCUAACACCGUCAGAAUCGCUUCCCCUGCUGUGGUUGCCGCUCCCGCCCCCAUCGUAGCUGCUCACGGCCCGGUCCUGGCUUCCCCCUAUGCCCACGCGUGGUAAACCACUUCCCCACCCUGGCCAACAACACCUAGGCCACCCGGAAAGAGCAACAGUCAACCCUUAUGAACCUAUUUAUUUAUAGUAAAUAAGUAAUUCGAACGUCAGAUUGGAGCAAAAACCUAGCUCGAUUGAGUUGGAAUGUAGUGUUUGGUAUCGUAAUAAAUUGCAAUAAAUUAUA